AACACGAUCAAAGAAUUUUCAAUAAUUCGGACUUGCCUAGAGUAAAAGAUGAACUUUCAAUAACACUGAGACUGAAACUUCAAAGUCUUGCUAAUGGCUGGACUUCUAUUUUCCACAAAGGUACUGAAGAGUUUAUCCGUACUCCUGGACUAUGGUUAACAUCAAAAUCUGCAUUUCAUGCUCGCUUCACAGGCAACUGGGAUAAUAAUGCAGGAAUUCAUGAAAUCGGAGAUGGGCUUUUGAUACAAAAAUGGUACCAUAUUGCCUAUACUCUAUCCGAAUCAAAAAAAAGGUUGGAUUUAUACAUAGAUGGUGAGUGGAUAGGAUUCUAUAGCAUCCAGGAUGUUAAGAAACAAUGUAUAAUCUUCAACGAUGGGCCUUUGUAUAUUGGACAAUCUUUUUCAGCAAGAGGAUUUAAUGGCGAAAUUAGCAAUUUUCGUUAUUUCAACUGGCACCUAUCUGCUGAUGUAAUAAGAAAAGAAUUCGCAAGUCAUGACUUCUUACGUCACUUGUAUGUAAAAUGUGAAUGUUUGCAAUACGAUUGA